AGAGCUGCAGAGGUACAGGCAGUGAAGAGCGGGACUUCAUACACCAGAGGAAUGACUUUCCUGUAAGUACUGCAUUGCAAAAAAAAGUCCUGGAUAAGAGAAUGCAAGUUUGCCAUGGAAACAUCUCUUCCAAAAAGUGAGAAGCUGUUUGAAUAAUCUGGAUUGAGUGUGGGAUAACAGAGUGUACCCACAAUGGAGGGAAAUGGCAGUGAAGAUUCAUAUUUUGAGCUUUACUGUGAGGAAGCAGAGGACACUUUGUCAACACCAUCUUUUGACAGCAAAGGUGACUGUCAACAGACUGAUGGAAGUGAUGAAGUGGCCCACGCUCCUCCAAAAACAACAGCCUAUCAUGUCAGCAGCCAGAAAGUGUCUUUGCAUUUGGACACUAGUGCUGGUGAAGAGGAGAGCGUCAUUGUGAUGAACUGCAGCGAAGGUGCAAAAGAGACAAUGGACACAAGCAGCUCCACGCCAGGGGUGCAGAAAAUGAUACAUGUUUAUGAAGAACUGACGAAUGAAACAAUCAGCAAGCAUGAUGAAACACCUGCACACACAAAGACACAAAUAGAGGUCUUAUUGGAGGAUCUGGGUUUGGAACAGCACUACAAAGAGAAGCUCCCCCUGAGGACAAUACUUCAGAUUGAUGAGAAGGCCAUUGCUGAUAGACCUGCCAAGUGCCAUUCAGAUCUUCCAUGGUAUUUUCUGAAGAAACUGAUGAUGGUUAAUGUGACAGCUAGGAAUGUGAAAUGUACAUCUGCAUGUGAAUCAAACUGUGAUGCUGAAUCAGAAGAGGCAGAUUUAGAUCUUGAUGAACUAUUUGACAGUCAACAUUCAGAUGACAUGUUAAACUCCCUUGAUAUAAUCACCGCUCUCUUUCUGUGUUCUGAUGGUUUUGUACAGCAGGAAAUGGCCCUCAAAAUGUCUAUGUGCCAGUUUUCUGUGCCUCUGUUGCUUCCAAAUUGUGACACACAGCAGUGCACACUCAUGCUUUGGGCAAUGAGAGACAUCCUUAAAAAGUACAGACCUCGGUCACUCUCAGAGUCCAAGGGCUUCAUUGAAGACAGAAUUGUUGUCUCUGAACUUCCAAUGAUAUCUUUUGUGAGACUGGGUGAAUGCUCCUUGUCCAAGUCAGAGAUCCUCAAUAAGCUGCUGAGCAAUCCUCAGCAGUACCAUGAUACCUUUGUUCACAGAAACAUGGAGUGUGGUGACAGUCCAAGGAAAAUAUCCAAUGGACUGGCUGAGAUUACUUGGUACCUUCCAUGUGGGAACGAAAACAUGGAUAUUUUCAGUGAGCCUGUAGCUGUGGCUAACCUUCGGGGGGACAUUGCAUCAUUUGAAACACAAUUUUCUUUUUUGUGUCAGACAUCGGCAGCGGUUUUUGUGUUCUUUGACACUUUGGACUCUGAGUGCGAGCUGCUUACCAACCAACACCACAAGGCACAGAUCUUCUUGGUGGGUAACAAUCAAAGCAAUCGCACCAGUAAAAAUUGUCUAACAAAGGUAGCAACCAAGUUGCACUUAACUAAAAGCAACAUCCUUUUGAAGACUAAGGAGAUAAAUGAUGCUGACUUUGUCAAAAAAUUGCGGAAAAAUGUCUGCAAUGUAGUUGAGAACACAAAGAUGAAAAUGAGAAUUGAGCAGAUGGCUGAUGUUGCCCAUGAGCUGGGAAUCUGGGUUGAUGAAGACUCUGCAGAUUGCCAGACUGCUAAGAAAAAUGCAGAUGCCAUCACUGCAGAAAUUCAAGACAUCCUUAAAUACAAGGACACUCAGCUACCCCUGCAAGGUGAAAUAUGGAAAGAACUGACUCGCUUAGAGAAAGAAGAAUUUCGUCUUCGAAAUGUGGGCACUGAGGACAUAGAAAAGUACAAAAGUGAUCUUCAGGUACAGAAAACAAAACUUCGGCAAAAGCAGAACUCUCAUGACAUGUCAAAAGCAAUGACAUGUUUUAUCAAUGCAAUAACGAGCCCAGGGAUAGAGAGGUGCUAUUUCCUGAAAUGGAUGCGAAUGAACCUUGAAAACGUGUCUCGAGAAAAACUGUCUGGCCUCCGAGAGCAAUACAAAAAGAAAUGUAAAAAUUCUGAAAACAAAGCGGAGAUCAAAGAAAUUGACAAACAGCUUUCCAACAGCUCGCUGGGGAUUGAACACUUCUUCCGUGAAAUGGGUCAGAUCUACGAAGCCUCACUGUCCCUCCCAGAAACACAUCCAUCACGUCAGCAGUUACAACAUCUGCCCAAACUAUGUGCAGAAUUGUUACUUGAUGGAUUCCCUCUUGAGCUUGUAGAUGGAGAUGCAUCCAACAUACCUCUCAAAUGGGUGAGUGACGUCCUCUCUCAGCUCAAUGACUUGGUGUCUCCUAAGAGCAAGAUACUGGUGGUCACAGUUCUUGGAGUUCAGAGCACAGGAAAGUCUACUCUCCUCAACACCAUGUUUGGAGUGCAGUUUGCAGUCAGCAGCGGCCGAUGCACUCGAGGAGCCUUCAUGUUGCUCAUCAGAAUCAAUGAAGAUGUUAAAAACAAACUCAACUGUGACUUCAUGGUGAUCAUUGACACUGAGGGCUUGAAGUCACCAGAGCUUGCACAACUGGACAAUAGCCAUGAGCACGACAAUGAGCUUGCAACACUUGUUGUGGGGCUGAGUGAUAUCACCAUCAUCAAUAUUGCAAUGGAGAAUUCAACAGAAAUGAAGGACAUCCUGCAAAUAGUUGUGCAUGCUUUCCUCAGGAUGACAGAGGUGGGCAAACAGCCCAAAUGUCAGUUUGUUCACCAGAAUGUGUCGGAUGUUUCAGCCCACGAAAAGAACUUAAGAGACAGGAAACUGCUCUUGCAACAGUUAAAUGAGAUGACCCAGGCAGCAGCCAAAAUGGAGAAGAAAGAGGAGAUCUUGAGUUUCACUGAUGUGAUGGAGUACAAUCCAGACACUGGGAACUGGUACAUUCCUGGACUCUGGAAUGGAAACCCACCAAUGGCACCAGUCAAUGCAGGGUACAGCGAAGCUGUAUAUGAGCUCAAGAAAAAUGUUAUCCAGAGUUUGGGACGUUGUGACUCAUCUGCUAAUAAUAUCUCGGAGUUUACAGAGUGGAUGAAAAACCUGUGGAAUGCAAUAAAGCAUGAAAACUUCAUCUUCAGCUUCAGAAACAGCCUGGUGGCUGAUGCAUACAUGAGGCUGUGCACAGAAUUCAACAAAUGGGAAUGGGAAUUCAAAAAAGAAAUGUACACAUGGGUUACAAAGGCUGAGACAAGAAUUUCCAAUUUUGGCACAGUUGCUGUGAAAUCGGAGAAAUCUGACAUCAGAGAACUCCUCUCUAAUUUGAAAACUGAAUUAUGCACAGAGCUUUCUAAAUGGGAGAAAAAGGUUCUUGACAAUUUGACACAGUACUUCAAGCAAACGGAGGGUCAUGUCUAUCUAGUUGAAAGGUACAGACAAGACUUUGCAAACAGUGCAAAGAGCCUUCGACAAGAAAUGGAGAGCUCUGUUUUUAAUCAACUCACAGCAGCAGCUGACAUCAGACAGGGAAUGAGAGAACUUGAUAGAAUCAAGGAGAACCACACAAAGGAGUUAGAGGGGAGAGUGUGUGCGCUGAUUGAAGAAUGUCGAAAGAAAAAAGUCGAGAUGACAGAUAAAGAACUCGACAAAGAAUUUGAUAAAAUGUGGAAUGAAACAGAAAAGGAACUCUCCUUUUCACAAAUUACAGUAAAUAACAUUUACACCAGUGUACGCAACAACCUGACAAUAAAUGUAUCACCCAAGGGAAGUCAUGCGUGCAAAUUGUUGAGUCAAAAAAAGCUGGAGGACUGCGGACACGUGCCUUUUACAUACACACCGGAAAGGUUCUACAACAGAGUUAAAGACAAAGUGAUCAAGAUGCUGAACAUUCCAGGUCACACAAAGGCUGUACAACAAAUGGCUGACAGCAUCAUUGCAGAUUGCACACAGUUUGUCAGUGACAAAAUGGAAAGAAAAAGCAAUUACCAUGACACCUACAUCCAGGAGAUUUUAAAUUUCAUCGAUGAGAGGCUCCAAAACAAGCAGGGUGUUGAGACAGACAUUGACUUUGAAGUUUCUCUGAAACAGCACAUCUGUGGAAUUGCAGCCAGACAGUUUCAGAAAAUGCAUGAAGACUUCAUACAUGAGAAUGAUCCCUACAGAUGUCUGAAUCGAAACAAAGAAAAGUUCCGUGCUAAUUUUAAAGACGUGUUUCAUGAACGAGACCAAUGCCAGAAAAAGGCAGAAGAAUUCACAAACUUCUGCUUGAAGCCUGCAGUGGAAGACUUUGUCAACCGUUCCUUGGGUCCUGAUAUUACUGGUGAAAUGAUGACAAGCCAGCAGUUCAGCACUCGAAUGUUCUUCCAGCAUUCAAUUUUACUGGAUUUGCUCUCAAAAGAUAACUUUGAAAAGUAUCUGAGCUAUAUUUGCUUGUAUGAGAAUUAUGUCAAGGAGCAGAUUUUCGAAAAAAUAGUAGAACACUUCUCAAACGGGUCUAGGGCGUUUAAGCUUGAGAAUCAACAUCUCCAGACAAGUAUCAGAAGAAUAGAAAAUGCCAUCGACAAAGCUAAAACAGAAAAAAAAAGCACUUUGGAGACAUUUGUUGAGAAUAUCUGCAAAGAACUUGAUGAUAUCCUGGCCAUUUCCUCAGAUGCUCUUGGUGCUUUCAUGAUCCUGAUUAAAGCUGACCAGGAUCGGUUUGCUGACUGUCUCACCAAGUGUCUAAAGGACAUGGAAGAAACUCUAAAAGAGAAGUUUAAAAAAACAGAUAUCGAAACAAAACUAAAAACACUGAGUGUGAAGCCUCAGAGCGAACUUUUCACCAGAGUGUUUGGAUGUGGUCAACAGUGUCCAUUUUGCACAGCACCUUGUGAGGCAGGAGGACAAGCUCAUACGGAGCACUGGACUUCACUCCAUCGGCCACAGGGUCUGGGUGAGUUCAGGUGGCUUUCGUCAGGUAAACUUGUCACUGACAUAUGUUCUUCCUUGGUGAUCAGUGACAAACAUUUUCGCUGCAGUGCCACUAUGGGUGAGUUCCAUCCCUACAAGAGUUAUGGAGACAUUUUCCCGGACUGGAAAAUUCCUCCAGAUGCAAGCCUUCAGGCAGCAGACUACUGGAAAUAUGUAAUGGCAAAGUUCAACAAUGACUUUGCCAAAAAAUACAAUGCAGAGCCUGCUGAUAUUCCUGAAGCUUGGAGAAAAAUUAAAUUGGAGGACACAAAAAAGAGUCUCAAAGAAUCAUUUUACAUCAAGUGAGAGAUGACUAACAUUGACCUAACUUGCUUUUGAUUUAUCACUUUUGCAGAUGUUGUGGCUAUAUACAUGUUAGGUGGCACAUGUUAGCAACAGACAACAUUUUUUGAGUCUGAUAAAAUCAGACUUUAAAUUUAAGAUUUUUUUGUGACGUGAAUGUCGUUAUAUUGUCACCGAAAAGAUGCACACAAAAUAAUCAAAUCAGAUGUGAUAUGUGAUAUUUUAUUGAUGGUUUUUGUUUCAGUGAGGUAUCUGAGGGCAAAUAACUUUACUGAAAGCAAGUAUAAUACGUUGUUGGUUAUGCAAAUGUUGAUUCUGUUUCUUCUUUGAAGUUUCUGAUGCAAAAUAUUAACAUUUCCAAUGUAUUAAAAGAUCAUUCAGUCUAAAU